GCUCUUAAUCGAUAUUCUAUAUAAACAUUGAGUUAAAUACUACUAAAUAUGGAGCGGUGGUGGUAAUUAAAUGUCAAAUUGAAGAAAGUGGAAGAUGCCGAAGCGGAGGAGGCGGCUCCUUGGGCUGGAAUUCAAGAACCAUAUUUGGUCAUUAAUAAUGAGAGGGAAAUGGGAGUGUUUUCCAAUAAGAUUGAUAGGGAACAAUUGAAACCCGGCGAUCUCAUUUAUUCUUGGAGGCAAGCUUACAUCAUUGCUCACCACGAAACUGGAACAAGAACAAUGUUGGACCGUUUUCAUGUAAGUUCACCCCAUCAUGCUUCUCGUGAAACUCCAUGCCCGAAAUGUGAUUACCAAACAAAGACUGAAGCCAAGGCUAGAGGAGGAACUUGCACCACUGCAUCUUCUGAUCCAACCGAAGCCGUCCUUUGCCGCGCUUCCUUUCUUCUCAAGAAAGGAUUUGGUGGCUACCAUUUGUUCAAGAUCAACUGUGAGGACUUUGCAAUGUACUGCAAAACAGGCUUGCUUGUAGUCACAGACAUCAGUGUAGGGCAAAGUGGACAAGCAACAUCUCUCUUGGCUGCUGUUGGUACUGUAGUUUCUUCACCAUUUGUGUUUAUGAGCACUAGCUUGUGUGGUUUGGCUUUGGUUUGAUGUGGCAUGUAUUGUGUUAGCAGAUAUGAUUCUGAUAUUGGAGUACGUUGUGAUGUGACCAAAGUUUCAUUGGAGAAGAUACCUAAGGUGGUGAAGGAAGACUGGGUUGGAAAAUUAUUACAUGGUCGGUCUGGAGAAAUUCAUCUAAACUAUGUGGUCUCAGCCAAUAUAUAUCUAUAUAAUGUGCAAUCACAUUUUUCAAGUUGGAGAAAAAUUUAUAAUAUAUAUGUCAGAGAGAGAUUGGUUAAUUAGAACCACAUGGUCUCAGCUGACCAGGUAAUAAGUGAGUUAAAGACAACUAUAUUAUCUAUGGUCUUUAAGUUUGGUUUCUGUUCUAAUUUUUGUUAGCCUUCGUUAAAUAUUUGUAGGCAAAGUUCCUGUAACAUGUAAAAUUGUCAUUUGUUUGUGCUUGUUCCAUGUGAAAGUUAACUUAUUUAUUACUCUAGUCUGAAUAU